UCCAAUUAGCUGCUGUGCUGAAUCAUGGCUCCGCCCCUUCUGCACAACUAAAUCCGGCAUGUUUUUUCUUCUUUGAUGUAAAGCGUCACCCUCAGAAUCAAGAGUAGACUUGUCAUAGUGCCAUCACUUUUGCUUCCAAUUGAGAAUUGGUCAUGCACCUGCAGGCUGUGCAUUAAGACAGACCGAUAAAACCUCGAUGAGGCUGCGAGCGGGCGCCAUGCUCCAACAGAACAACAACAACAACUACCCGUGCCUCCGGUUGUCUGCCUCCUCUCAGGAGGUGCUCCAGAAAUGCACUCGGGCCUCGCUGCCCUUCCCCAGCCGGCUGGAGCUCGGCUUGACAGACCUGCCGGUGAUUCGGGGCCUCAGAGCCUGGGUCCUCUGCUCCAAGAACGGCCGGAAGGCUGGGGGGUUGUUUGGAGGAGGACAGACUCCCGCGGCGCUGCUGGCAGGUCGAGGGAGUUCCAAAUUCUGUCCAAGGCCUGCAGAUGCGUAUCUGAGUGAAGAGUGGAGUCACGUAGGGUACGGGCUGCCCUUAGGGGUGGAUACCAGGCAGGCUGGGGUCGGAGGGUUAGUAACGGUCGCCACUCUGAAGACCUCGGAGGGCAGCGGGAAGACGCAGACGCAGUGUCUGUUCGUCCGGACUCAGAAAGGAAACUGUUUGUACUCCAAAGUAAAGGCUGGCUGCGGCACCCCAGGUUCUGCUGGGGUUGAGGGGUGGCUUAGAGAGAAGACAGGAGGAGGAGGAGGAGGCAGACACAGUGGGGCAGCUUUACCAGGACAGACCAGAGUGAACCGCGUUAGAGCACAGUCGGGCCGCCGAUGGAGGAGGUCAGGUAACGCAGCGGGCCUCAGCAAAGAGAGGCAGCAGAGGGAAGUUCACUCUGGAGCGAACGCCGUGGGAGAAAAACAGGAAGAAGAAGACAAAGAAUGCUGUGCAGCCACCAGACACAACAACUCAGAGCAGGACAGCAAGAGAUCCGGGGACGAGAAAGACUCGAGUCCAGGGUGCUGCCACGACACUCCUGCUAAGUCCUGCUGUUUGUGUGGAAGGAGACCACAGCAGCAGGAGGACCAGGAAGGUCUGAGAAGAGGUGCAUCCGUCCCAGACAGGCGAGACGGGGAGGUGGAGGAGGAAGAAAAGACUGCUGGAGAUGAGGAGAAGAAAGGCCUCUCAGGGGGUUCUGACACCACUAACUACGACCGAGAAGUUAACAGCCUUCACCCAGAACCCCAGACGCCACUAAAGACACAGAUCUCUCUCAGACCAGACACAAUCGCAGAAAAAGACAUUACCAAGUCUGAAAUGGAGGUUACGAAACGACAAACAAGUGUCGAGUUCAGUCAUGAUCCUUCUGAGCCAGAUGGCGUGACGGAUGAUGUUACAUCAACACAAAACGAAGCAAGUUAUGACAGAAAGACACACACAGAAAACACCAAAGCUGUUGGGCAGCCCUGCAAAGAAGUAGCUACUGAUGUAAAUAGACUUUUUGAUCCCGUGGACCCAGUUCAGGAAUCAGAACAGGAACAACAGAGUUUUCAAGUUGAGGAGGAGGUCCUCAGAGAUCCUCCUCAAGUCCCGGUCCUGUCCAGCUGCUGUGAGAACGUAUUCAUGGCAGAUCUGACUGUCUCCAUCAGCAGUACAGCUUCUCACCCCAGAACUACUGAGCUUUCUGCUCCUGUAGGGGGCAGCACCUACACCACUGGUCCUGAGACUGAAGGGAAUAAAGAGGACUUGGAUGUUGAUGGACAUUUGUGUUGUGACAACACUGGGUUUGAGACAGUAAAUAAAUCUGAAUAUGUCGGACAGGUGCAUGGACACAUGACAUCCUCCACCUUUGAGACAGUGGUACCAGGUGUCCAUGAUGACGGCCACGCUGUCAUCCCGCAGACGGUGGUGUCUGAGGAGAAUGCUGAACAAGUUAACACACACUGUGCGCUCACAGAGGACUCGAGGCUCCACAGGUCUGCAGCCGGGUUCAGAGGAAGACUGGAGGAGGACAGAACACACGUCACAGAAGCCCCCCAUGUGGUUGACACCAGCGGUCCCAUCUCAACAGUUCCUCAGACCGCCGCCAUCACUAAUGUCCUCCAUGCUGAUCCCUCUGUCCCUCCCUCCUUCCACCCAGUUAAUCCUUCCCCCUCCCCAUCCCUCCUGAGAUCCGUGGCAACCGGUGUGUCCUGUGUGGAGGUGGAGAGGUGCAGAGGGAUCGCCAGAGAGGAGCAAGAGGCUAAAAAAGAGAAGCCGUGGCUCCAAAGAGAGCUGGAGGAGCAAGUUGAGACGACGAGGAGCUCCACCGUGUCCACUGAUGGCACAAGGAAGGACGAGGAGUUCGGGCUGUUUGUGCAGGCAGAGGGCGAGCCGUCAUGGAGCCAAGGAGUUGUUGCUUCUGCCUCAAUGCCUCCUGGGAGCAGGGAAGACGCUGGUUGGACAAACGGUUCCUCCCGCCAGUCUGAGGACACCUGGACAGCCUUUCCUCAACAACUUGUGGAAGAAGGUGGUGAUCCUGCGGGACAAUGGUGGCCCAACGGAGCUGCGGAGGAGAAGACAGCCAAUCAGAAUCUGUCUGCUGUCUUCAUGGUGGCAUUCCCCUCACUGCCUGGACUGUCCUCAAGUGACCCCUGUCACCAAGAUCCUGUUCCCACAUUGAGCCAGCUCCUCAGCAUCAAUCAACAGCACAACGGAGGUGGUCAGGACUGGGGGCUGUUGGACACGUUCCACGACUUGAACAAAAUGAUUGGACGGAGAUACAGGAGAGCCAAUGACGUGUCUCGGGACCUCCUGCUCAAGACACUGCACCUGCAGAAAACCUGCACCGAAGACACGCCUUCUUCCUUCUCAGCCAGUCACCGCCUCUCCCCACACCUCCCGUCAACCACACAGCACACGCAGCUCGCUGCCGCCAAGCGACGGCUGUCCUACGACUACAACAGAAACAUCGUGGAGUAACAGCGCCAGUUCAGCUCGGGUUGCACCGCACGUUCCCUUCUUUGGCUUUACCGGACGCCUGAAGGCUCCACGUUUGAAUCCCAGCAAAGGAGAUGAGUGAAGCAAGCGCCUUCUCUUGAUGAACCUUUGAACUUUGGCACGCUCUGGUUAUGUAAAAGGAGCUGUUAUCAUG